AGACCCUGCCUAGCCCUCGCCUGCACCAUGGCCUCCGUCUCGGAGCUCACCUGCAACUACUCGGCCCUCAUCCGGCAUGACGAUGAGGUGACGGUCACAGAGGAUAAGAUCAAUGCCCUCAUUAAAGCAGCCGGUGUAAAUGUUGAACUUUUCUGGCCAGGCUUGUUUGCAAAGUCUUUGGCCAAUGUCAACAUUGGGAGCCUCACUGGCAAUGUGGGGGCAGGUGCACCUGCCCCAGCAGCUGGUGCUACACCAGCAGGAGGUCCUGCCCCCUCCACCACCGCUGCCCCAGCUGAGGAGAAGAAAGUGGAAGCGAAGAAAGAAGAAUCUGAAGAGUCUGAUGAUAACAUGGGCUUUGGUCUUUUUGACUAAACCUCUUUAGUAGCACGUUCAAUAAAAAGCUGAGCUCAAAAA